GUGGGCUCGCCUUCUUCCUCCUUCCCCCUCGCUCUCUUCACUCUCUCUCUCUCUCUCUGCUUUUUCCGUUGUAACUCCAUGGAUUCCAAGUUUUGAUUUCGUCUUCCUCUUCUUCUUCUUCUAGUUUGAUGGGUAAAGAGGGGGAGGAAGUAGUAGUACUCACAGAUAGGGAACAGCAUGGAGUCUUCGGAGAUGUUAUUAAGCAGUACUGUAUAGAUUGGUGCUGUUUAACACAGAAUUGUUCCUUUUCAUUUUCAAUGGCUCCAUUUAAGUGAAACCCCUCCCCUGACAUCUUUGAGAAGAUCGAAUUUUAACUCGUUAACCUGUAACUGGAUCAAAACGGCCCGAUCUUUGUUUAAAGAUCUGUGUGCAGAGUUUGUUGUUUUCUUUAUCAUCAUCCGGUCAUGAAGAGAUCACUUGAAAGCUCCGAUUCUUUGGGUGCUUUGAUGACUAUGUGUCCAUCCACAGAUGAACACAGUCCGAGGAACAAUAAUCAUGUGUAUGGGAGGGAGUUCCAAACCAUGAUGUUGGAUGGACUAGACGAGGAAGGGUGUGUGGAAGAAUCAGCCCAUUUGAUGAUGUCGGAAAAGAAACGGCGUCUGAGUGUUGAUCAAGUCAAGGCUUUAGAGAAGAACUUCGAGGUCGAAAACAAGCUUGAGCCUGAGAGGAAGUUGAAGCUUGCUCAAGAACUUGGGUUACAACCUCGACAAGUGGCAGUUUGGUUCCAAAACCGUCGUGCUCGAUGGAAAACCAAGCAAUUAGAGAGAGAUUACGGCGUUCUCAAAGCCAAUUAUGAAGCCCUCAAAGUUAACUUCGACACCCUUCAACAGGACAACGAAGCAUUGGUCAAAGAGAUUAAGGAGUUGAAAUCUAGACUAAAAGAGGAGCACACAGAGAGUGAUAUUUCAGUGAAGGAGGAGAUAACGGGGUCUGAUUCCGAGGAGAAAAAGGUGGAACGGAGCAACCCACCACCAGCUGAAGCCUCCAUUCUUGAAUCAGAGUGCAAGGACUUGAAUUAUGGGUGCUUCAAUGGAGUCGGGGCUGCUUCACUCAUAGCCCCAGUGGAUCAUUUCAAAGAUGGUGGUUCUGAUAGCGACUCUAGCGCAAUCUUGAACGAAGAUAAUAGCCCCAACGCCGCCAUUUCGUCGCCCGCAGCUCUUCAGAGCCACCACGUUUUGAUGUCUCCGUCGUCGCCGUCGUCCAUGAACUGCUUUCAAUUCCAGAAAGCAUACCAGAGCCAGUAUGUUAAGAUGGAAGAACACAACUUCUUCAGCGCCGAAGAAGCCUGCAAUUUCUUCUCGGAAGAACCAGCACCCACCCUCCAGUGGUACUGUUCUGAUCACUGGAGUUAAAAAUAAUAAUUGAAAAGAGGUUUAUUUGAGACUAGUUCAGGAGAGUAUAGAUGAGAGCUCUAGAAAAUGGCAGGAAAUUGAACUAAGGAGUUUUUAAAAAAAGAAAAAAAUUGCAUUAGCUGGAGAGUUCUCAUUUUUUAAGAUCCAAGUUUGAAAAAUCUGUGUAAAGCUGGGGAAGGAAGCUCGUACGUGGGGACUGUGAAGUUGGUGCGAAAACGCUGACGAAUAAGUCGUCCGGGAAAGGAGGGACCUGUAAUGUGAAGAAUAAUAAUGAUGAUGAUGAUGAUGAUGAUUAGGGUGAUAGGUGGUAAUUGUGAAAUAUAUUUCCUGUACAAAUAAAAUAUAUAUAUUUUAAUAUUCAUGGGUAAAAUAAUGAUGCUUUUAUCUGUUAAACCAUGAACAACUGCCACUUUAUUAUCA